GCGCGCCGUGUCUUAUUGCGAGAGGCAUUAUUGGCCGCGACUGGCGUUUGCGCCUAGCUCCGGAUUGGAUAUGGACGCUCUAUAGCGUUUUGGGCCUAGAAGCUGAGCCUCGAUCGCACAACUUCUCACACCGCGGUUCGCCGUCGUCUACCAAAGGGCCUUGUACUGUUCGCCGAAGCGUAGCAUCCGCGAUCCAACGACUUGUACGAAUCUCGGUCUCAACAUAUAAGCUCUUAUGCCGGUAGUCGAGCCAUGAUUUCCGUCAACCUCAGCCAGCGCAUCUCUUUGGCCGGAUGGGCAGCCGCCCUUUGUCUCCCCGUCGGUGCGGUUGCCAUUUGGCUUUGGAAGGCGGCUGCCUUCGUCCAGACCACCCCGACAAGAAUAAGACAGACAUCCUCAAACACGCCCUAAAGUCCGAAGAAGGUCUUACUCAAGAGGGGGCUGUUCCUCUUCGUGAAGUUAAUUCCCACCCUGAGCACGGCCAACGCCGAAAAGAUCAGACAGACCCCGACGAUCCGACACAAUUCCACCUAAAAAGCAAGGGUGUCAAUCUCCGCCAAGUCUACCCUUCUCCUGGGAACAAAACCGCAACAGACGUCGACAUUAUCGCCAUCCAUGGCCUCAACACGCAGUCGCCCGACACUUGGGUAUGGGAUCCGAAAGGGGCCUGCGUUAACUGGCUGGAAGACCCGCACAUGCUGCCCGAGCGGUUUCCGACCGCGCGCAUUUUCACCUGCGACUGGCCGGCUGACCUCUUCGAGCAGCCAGGUUUCGUCCAAAAGAUGAUCGACGAGUUCGCUCGGCUGCUGCUCGCCGGCAUCAAAGGCCGGCCUCCAGCAGCGAACGACCAACCCGGACGCGACCGGCCAAUUGUCUUCAUCGCGUCGUGCCUCGGUGGCAUCAUCUUGGCAAAGGCGCUUGUGAUAGCUAGCUGCGAGUAUGAAUCCGUGAAACGAGCGACACGCGGCAUCAUCUUUCUCGCCACGCCCUUCAGGGGUACAUCAUUCCAACGCGUGGCUACGUGGGCUGAGCCAGGUCUGAGGCUCUGGGCUUUGAUCCGGGACAAGAAGGUCUCUAACCUGCUUGAGCUUACGAAAUCUUCUUUCGAUCUCAGACAACUCGUCCACAGCUUCACUGCUUUCUGCCUAGAAAACGACCUUAAAGACCAUAUAGUCAUCUUUUACGAGACCGGCAAGUCAAGUCUCCCGCGCAAAAUAGCUCCCUGGCUCCACGCCUCUUUAUCUCAAGAACAACCGCUGGCUGAUAUUGAUUCCGCGACCCUGGAAAUUGUCUUACAUCCACUACCUCUUGAUCGGCCCCACGUAACCAUGAACAAGUUUAAUGGCCCCGACGAUCCAGGAUACCUUCUUGUCGCCGGGAGAGUUAGCAUUCUUCUUUGCGACAUUCGCAACGGCCGGCCUAUUGAGAGAGCAGAUCUCUGGAUCCGAAAUAACUGCUAUUCCCUGACAGAGCUCAGGAUCGAACGACUCUCGGGCGUCCUGCUUCCGAUGGAUCGGUGCUACAUUAACCUUGCCAUUGUGGAGCAACUUAGCGACAAGACCAGCCCAUCAAACGACGAAGAUAGAGUGCAGGAGGCUUCUCCGUUUUCGCUCCUCGCCCGACUGAAUAUUAAGGCACCGGACGAGACGAUCAAGGUGAUACUGCCAACUCUAUUUAAACCCCGGAAGUCACGCGGCGGCCAGGAGAAACAACCAAGUCGCAUCCUGAUUCGUGGACAAGCAGGAGUGGGCAAGACUACUCUAUGUAAGAAGAUUAUCCACGAUUUCACAUAUAGAAAACUGUGGCAGGACUUGUUCAAUCGCGUACUUUGGGUACCGUUGCGGAAUCUGAAGCGCAAAGAAAGACUCCAGUCGAGUGGAUAUAACUUUGGCUAUCUAUUCUAUGACGAGUAUUUCUCUCAACACUUAAAAGGCGACGACCUCGCCAAGGCAUUAUGGGAUGCCUUAGGGGACCCUAAGAGUGAUAGAACUUUAUUUAUUCUCGACGGCCUGGACGAAGUGUCACAGGACUUGGACGACACUAUGCGCAAGUUCCUCAAGAAGCUUUUAAAUCAGCCUAACGUCAUCAUCACGUCUCGGCCACACGCAAUACUUCCUUCUGACCUCGAUCCUAUCCAACUGGAGUUAGAGACCAUCGGAUUCUAUCCCGAUCAAGUGAGGGCCUAUGUGGAAAAAGCCUUCACCGAUCCAGAAACGGGCGAAACGGAUUCGGAAAAGCCCGGCGAGAUUCAGUCGUACCUCCAAAAGCACCAACUAGUCCAGGGACUUGUGCGGAUCCCGGUUCAGCUUGAUGCGCUCUGUUACACCUGGAGCAGCCUCAGCGAUAAGGUUAUCCCGCAGACCAUGACAGCCAUCUACAGAGCCAUCGAGCAAAGCUUAUGGAGGAAGGAUAUCGUCCGAUUGGGGAAGCAGCAACCAAACCGACCGCAAGUGGUGACACAUGACCAUGUCCAGGAACUUCUUCCAUCAGAGGUCGAGAACUUCAUUGAGGCCGAGCUCUCUCUUCUUGAGGGCUUAGCCUUUACGGGUCUGCAUAAUAAUGUGAUCAACUUUCGGCCAGAGCACCGGGAUACAAUAUCGAGGCAGUUUAAAUCUACUGGAGCUCGAGUCCCGCUAGACACCACCUGCAUGCGCCUCUCAUUUCUACGGACGCCAGAGCCCUUAUCGAACAGCCGCAACCGUAACUACCACUUUUUGCAUCUGACGUUCCAGGAGUACUUUGCGGCGCGGUAUUUUGUACGGCAGUGGAAAGCCAAACAACCCCUUAACUACCUACAAUUCGGCAAUAGAGAUUGUAGCAGCAAAGUCGAGCCUGCCACUUUCCUUCAAGAGCAUAAAUACGAUCCUCGAUACGAUAUCUUCUGGCGCUUUGUCGCCGGCUUGCUUGAUGCUGACGGGGGGGUACUCGGCUUCUUCCAGACGAUUGAGAGGGAGCCACGCGACCUCCUAGGUCCUACGCAUCAGCGCCUGGUUAUGCAUUGCCUGAGCGAAGUCGAGCGGAAAGAGUCGGAACUUCGAACGAAGCUAGAAACCAAACUAGAACAGUGGCUGCUAUUCGAGUGCAGCUUCACAGGAAACUCCGAGUUAGCCCGCGAAAUGGAGUGUCCAGAGCAGGUUCUCGUCAACGUAUUAAAGCAAGGAUUUGAAGACGUAAAACGGAUUCUUCUGGAAUUAAUAUCUAGACGAACAACAGCGCCAUUUAGUAUCAUAAAUAUUACAUCUUCCUGGCUAAACGACGAUACCUUGAGGCGCCUAUAUAUUACUAUAUUACGUAUCCUAAGAUAUCAACAUAAAGGCUUACCGGAUACGGUGCUACAACGCAUCGCAGCACGGCUCGAGGAUAGCGACUCGGAUGUCCGACAGGCGGCUAUUGAGGCGCUUCAAGGCCAGGCCGGCCUCACCGAGGAGGUGCUACAAUGCAUCGCAGCACGGCUCGAGGAUAGCGACUCAGAUGUCCGACGGGCGGCUAUCGAGGCGCUUAUGAGUCAAGCAACGCUAUCGUUGGACGUCCUCGAACCAUAUGUCAAACCCUUAUAUAAGGCUUUACUACAAAUAAGCUUCAAGGAACAUUUAUACUGGUGCUCUUCGAAUGGUGGUUUUAUAGGGGUUGAUCUUGAAUAUAUUUCUUUAAAGAGCAGGGAACAUAGCUUGAAAGAAGCAUUAAUUAGUAAAGCUACUAGAGAUGGGCGCCGCCACCGUAGUAAAGUGUUACAAUCUGGGACUGGAAGAUCCCACGGAGCUAGGCCCGGCCUAGGAUUGCGAACUGAAGAACAGUAAACAAAGGCAAG